AUGAGCAGUGGGGAAAUUGUUGGUAUUGGUUCUAGUCCAUUGAGUUUCAGUUAUCGUCUUUUUGCUAGAAGCCAUGUUCCAGACAUUUUCGUGCCCAAUAUUCAUUUCGAUCUGAUUACUGAAGGUGAACUCCCUAAGGUUCCUCUACUUUAUGGAACUUCCAGAAGCCAUGUUUUGUUAGAAUUAAUGCAGGUGUCCAAGUCUCUUCAGGAAGUUAUUAUGAACUCCACAGAUUGCAAGAGUAAGGUGGAUGACCUUAUCAAGAUUAUGGUUCCCAAGGGAGUUGAAGCUUCUACAUCCCAGGCUGCUGAAGAGAUAAUGGCAUAA